AUGUCGUUGAAUUUAAAGACUAUGAUUUUAUUGGUUGGUGCAGCGGGUGUAGCGGUGUUUGCCUUUCUGAUGACCUAUGAAUUCGUAGAGCUGAUCAUCAAUCUAAUGUAUACGUGCGUCUUAAUGAUAGUGGUUGCCUUCUUCUAUCAGAAUCAACAUAAUGCAAAGUCAAUCGUUGGGUUCCUUUUAGAUAUUCAAUUCGAUGAUAGUUCUGCUGCUGCUGCCACUGGUAACAAAGAUAAAUCAACUUCAACAUCUUCAACAGACCAAUCAUCAUCAUCAUCAUCACCUAAUCAACAUUCAUUCUCAAAGCUCAAUGGAAAUAUUGGACAACAUAGAGUUGGUGGUGUUAUUUCCUCUGACUCUAGUGCCACUGAGAUGUCAUCGGUCGACGGUAAUAACAACAAGAGAAAGUCCGAUAAGGAGAUUGUAGCGCAGUUGUAUGAGCAGAUCAAGGAUCUGAAUCUGCAGUUCUUUACGGAGCGUGUCAAUAGCGACAAGGAGAAGUUGGCACUUCAGCAGCUUCUCAAGACUGUGGAGGCGGCCGCUACCGACGCCAACCAGGAGCGAACAAAAUGGAAGGUUGCUGCCGAGCAACAGAAAGCAAAGAACACCGAGCUGAUAAAGGAGCGUGAUCACUUGGCGUCGCUAGAGUCUCGUCACCAAUCAAAGUUGUACGACUACGAGCGCAAGGAAAAGAAUUGGAACGACAGCGAGAAGAUGUUGGUAAAGAAGAUCUCAGAGUUCAAAGACACCAUCUCACAGCAAAAGAAAGACAACGAAGAAAAGACAAAGCGUAUCGGUAAGCUAGAGGAUCAACUCGCCAAACUACAGAAGCAACUACAGAUCAACGGUGUGCAACUCAAAGAGUUGCAAGUCAUCCAGCCAAGUAUGAAUAUCGGUGCUACCAUUUCCACUUCUCAACCAGUGUUGUCGUCAACUCCAUCUAAACCGAUUGUCGUUGUAGAGCAUAGCAAGCAACAAUCAUCAUCAUCAUCAUCAUUGAUGGUCGAACAACAACCAACUACACCAGCUACUAGCAGCGCUAUUCCAAUUAUACAACCAUCACCUGGAACCUCACCAAAUGGUGGAAUUCAAUUGCCACCACCUUCCAUUGUUACAACAUCGACCAUCACCACUAUUUCAAAUACAACCGCCGUUUCCAUGAAUUCCAAUAUUACACUGAGCUCGAGUAACAGCGCCAACAGUUUGUUGGCGGGAAUUAGAGAUUCCAGUGAGGAUGAAGACUCGUCGUCAUCGUCGGUAUCCUCAUCACCCUCAGGCGAAGCACCAAAGCAACUAAAGAAUCUCUUUAAGAAGGUGAAGCAUGGAUCGACAAAGAUCAUAAACAAAGCGCAGAAUCACCUCAACAAACAGUUCCACACUGACUUUUUCACACCACCCACCUCUUCGUCGCCCAACAAGGAUAGAAGCGACGUCGAGCGUGACAUCUUUGAAGGAUUCAACACACCGCUCAAAGAGCCAUCUACAGCCGCCGUACCCAAGGAGAAGAAGGUUAUGUUUGAUGCUAACGUCGAGAAGGAGAUCUUUGGUAAUGGUACCGAUAUUUUCAAAUCGUUGCAACAGCCAUCGGACAAUGGUGCCGACCUUACAAAGAAUAUUCCCGAUAUAUUUACAUUCGACGAGGAGAGCGAUAACAAAUCGAAUGAGGCAAACGAAUUCUCUGAUCUACUCACCCAAAUUGGUGUUGGCAGUGGUGGAUCAUCGGAUCUCAAAUUCAAUUUCAAUGAAACAUUGAUCUCUGGCGGUGGUGGAUCCAGCUUCAUCAGUGGUAGUAGCAACCGAAGCAGUACAAGUAGUAUUUCCAGUGAGGAUUCACUGUUUUCCUGUAUCAAAGAGUUCUCAAUCAAAGAAUCGGAGAACAAAGCUGGAUUGCGUCGUGCCAAGAAGAAACCAUUGACACCCAACGCAAAUAUGAUGGAGGAUGUAUCGUUUGGUCAGUUCCCAUUCAACAAUAACAGUGAGAUUGCUUUGUUUGGAGUUUUCGAUGGUCAUGCAGGUCGUGAAGCUGCCGAUUUCGCAAACACUUUGUUCCCAGCGGAAAUUCAAAGACUGAUCAACAGCAAACCAGAAUAUCUUGAAAAAGCCGACAUGACCGAUCUCUUUAUGACAGCAUUCGCAUCGGUCGACAAUCAAAUGCAUGAGGAAUGUCAAUACGUAGGUUGUACUGCAACCGUUUCAUUUAUCUGGACAUACGACGGAUCACGUUAUCUCCAAGUUGCAAAUGUUGGUGAUUCUUCUUCAUUCUUAUGUCGAAAUGGUGUGGCUGUUGAAAUGACAUUCGAUCAUAAAGCAAGUCAUCCAUUGGAGAAAAAGAGAAUGAUAGAAUCAGGUAUUACAGUUGGUGAACAACAAACCAGAAUCAAUGGUGUAGCCGUUAGUCGAUCACUAGGAAAUCAUUUCAUUAAGGAUCAAAACAUUGGAAUGAUAGCUAUUCCUCAUAUUUCGAAACCAAUACUCCUACAAGACAGCGAUACCUUUUUAAUCAUGGCAUCAGACGGACUUUGGGAUGUAAUUAGCGGUGAGAAAGCAAUUGAAGUUGGUAAAGAGCUUAUUGAAUCCCGUGGUGCUCAAUCUGUCUCAUCAAACUUACUCCAAUCUGCUCUCCAAAUGAACGAUUGUAAAGAUAAUGUGACAAUUAUUACUGUAAAAAUUUAUUAA